AUGUCAGCCCCUCCAGCCCAGGAUUACCUGCGAUCCAACCAGGUGUCACCUCGGCUGCCCGGGGCCGCCCCGCCACGGGGAGCGGCGACAGGAUCACGUCGGCACGGCGCACACAGCCGGUUACUAACGAGGAGGGGGCGGGGGGAGCCGGUGCGGUGCGGGGCCGGGCCGGGCUCCGUCAAUGUGCCCUGCACACCCCGACUGACGGAUCCUUCCCGCGGCCCGAGGGAGCGCCGUGAGGCGGCGGGGGACCGGGGCGUCCGUGAACCGCUGGCGGGCGGGGAGACCCGGUCGGCGGGAAGAGAGCGGGCAGUAGGCGGCGGGAAACCGGAGCGUCCGUCGGACAACAGGCGGCGGGAAACCGGUUCGUCCGUCGGACAACAGGCGGCGGGAAACCGGUUCGUCAGGCGGCGGGAACCGGAGCGUCCGUCGGACAACAGGCGGCGGGAAACCGGUUCGUCCGUCGGACAACAGGCGGCGGGAAACCGGUUCGUCCGUCGGACAACAGGCGGCGGGAACCGGAGCGUCCGUCGGACAACAGGCGGCGGGAACCGGAGCGUCCGUCGGACAACAGGCGGCGGGAACGGAGCGUCCGUCGGACAACAGGCGGCGGGAACCGGUUCGUCCGUCGGACAGCAGGUGUGA